AUGUCUUGGCCUGGCUAUGGAUGGUCCCUUACGCGUGCAGCUGCACUCGUGGCCUGGCUGACCUUGAGUGCGUUCUCUGAACUUCGCUUUGAGGCCGGGAAGGUGACUUCUGCAGCCGCGUUGAGCGGUGCGAGCCUCGUGACCGUUGUGGCCUUCUUCGGAGCCUUCCCGAAGCCGUGGCUAUACCUCCGCCAGGACGCAGACGACAGCAAUGGCGAUCGUUGGACUCCAAGGGAUGAUGGUCUCAAAUACAAGGAGAUGUGCUUGAGAGAUGGUGCCAAAGCGUGGUUAUUGCCAGGAAAAUCAGGAGAUGCAGCAAUCUGUCUUUGCCAUGGUCGCUCAAAGAACAAGGGUCACUUGCGGCCUUUAAUUUGCUCUUUGGCACCGGACUACACUGUGCUGGUCUUCGACUUCUUGGGCCAUGGAGCCAAUGCCUACGGCACCACGACAUUGGGCUGGCGCGAAGCAGCCACUGUCAAGCACGCAAUCGAUGCUCUGCAGCAGGAAGGUUUUCAGAGAGUGCUACUCUACGGCUGCAGUAUGGGUGGUGCCGCUGCUCUCAUCUCUCAGGCGCACCAUCCCAAUGCUGUGGUGAAGGGUAUCAUCACUGAUGGAACCUUUGCGAAUUUCCGUGACAUCUUCAGUGAUUUGGUCACGAGGAAUGCAUGGUGGAUGCCAAGGUUCCUACGGAAUCUUGUGUCUUCAGCCAGUUUCCACCUUGUUGGACUCCUUGCUGGGUAUGACCCACAUGAUGUGCGGCCUGCUGACAGUCUGAAACAGAUUUCGCUUCCAGUUCUGAUCUUGCACGGAAAGUCUGACCGUACUGUCGAUCCUGACAACGCGCAACAACUGAUGCGCUGUGCGAAGCAUGGCAGUGUCCUUCUCUAUGCAGGUGGUCACGAUGAUCCCAGCAAUGCAGAGGACCUGCGGCAAGACUUUGAGAACCUCCUGGAAGACAAAGUGCAGUCGCUUCAGCUGUCUCUGCAGCAACGCCUCGGUGACUCUGCGGAGGAACUGUCGCAGCUGCUGCAGGUUCACUCCUCAACUCUGGGGGAGCGACUUCGCAUUUGCGAGGAGCGGCUCACGGCCUUGGCGUUUGGAGGAUUCCAGGCGUCUGAACGUGCCGACUCAAAGCCCGAAGAUGAGCAAAGGCGACCAGGUUCCACAGGCUCUGGAGCCAGCAAUGCCGGGGGUGCCUCGUUGGAGUCCCGGAUUGCGCGCCUGGAGCGCAACGUCAAGGGCCUUGCUGCCUUUGCAUCAACCGGGGAUGCGCAACGCCUUGAUGAUUUGGCGAUGGCUUCAAAGCAGGCGCAGUUAGAUGCUCGACGGUGUACAGAGAGGAUUCAGCUUGUGGAGGUGCUGAGCUUUGGGAAUGGUCCUACUUUUCCUACUUUGACAUAUGGUGUUGAAAAUGUGGUGAAAAUGUAA